UCUGAGCCUGGCAAAAUUAGCACAACAAUAGUUGUUAAAGCUGUAAAUAACAUUAGUUUGCACAAUAAAAACUGCCAGUAUUGCACAUCGUGGUUGCCAAGGCACCUGCGUCAGGGUUCAGUGUUAUUCAAAGCAGUAAGUUUUCCUUGUAAAGAUAGCACACAGGCAGAUAAACUGUCAGACAGGAAGGUAACACAUGAUAGACACAUGGAAGAGUUUAUUUUGAGAUCAUUUCAACUCUGCAGUCUCUCUGUUCAGCUAUAGUCCUGCUGUUGUCUACUACAACCUUGUUUAAGGUCCACCAAAUAUCAGAAAAUGAACAGCACCUUCUCAAACACGUCCAAGUGCAUCCGGGACACCAGUGUGACAGCUGUGGUCUUCCCCUGUCUGUACAGCAUCCUCUUUGUAGUUGCCCUCAUACUGAACUCCCUGGCUGGAUGGAUCUUCUUCAGCAUCCCCAGCACCUCAACAUUUGUUGUCUUCCUAAAAAAUGUGGUGGUGGCUGACUUGCUGAUGACCCUGACCAUCCCUCUGAGAAUCUUAAGCGACGCUGGCGUGGGUUCCUGGAAACUCCGUGCCUUCCACUGCAGAUACUCCGCUGUUCUCUUCUACAUCACUAUGUACAUCAGCAUCCUCCUGCUGGGCCUCAUCAGCCUGGACCGCUACCUGAAAAUAGUCAAGCCGUUUGGGAAGUGUGCCCUGCAGCGGGUGCGUGUCGGCCAGGUGCUGAGUGCAGGGAUCUGGGUGGUGAUGCUUUCUCUGGCAUUGCCUAAUGUUAUCCUGAGUGACCAGCCGCCACGGUUGUCUGGAGGCCGACUCAAAUGUACGUCUAUGAAGAGCAAGGCUGGCCUGCUGUGGCACGAGGGAUUCAACUACUUCUGUCAGGUGGUUUUCUGGGGCACACUAGCCUUGAUGGUGGUUUGCUACACUUUCAUAAGUAAGAAGGUUUAUGAGUCGUACAAAGCUUCAAAGAGCAAAUCUCAAGCAGCCAGUCGCAGAACCAAGGCCAAAGUGUUUGUGGUGGUGGGGGUGUUUUUCAUCUGCUUUGCCCCGUUUCACUUUGCCCGCGUGCCCUAUACUCUGACUCAGACGAGGAGCAUGGCGAGUCACUGCCGGGCACAGAACGUACUUUACAUCGCCAAAGAAACCACCUUGUGGCUGUCUGCCACCAACGUGUGUCUGGACCCGCUCAUCUACGUGUUCCUGUGCAAGGUGUUCAGGACAAAACUGACUGCUGCUCUGUGUCACAAGCUGCCUCACAAAGGUACCAUAGAGUCUCCCACGGCAACGUCGACUCAGCUGGAGAUGUCCCAGAUUGCACAAAGUAACCGUUUGCCAUGUAAUGGGACGCAACAAUAGCACAAAGAACAGUGUACUGUGGGACAUGAUAAAUAACUGUAACAAGGCGGGGAAAGGCCUUGAGAUGGUGUUUUUUUCUUGUAAAUAUUUUUUAUGAUGAUGGCUGUACAUUUUUGAGUCUCUGUGAGUGUAAAACAUGUUAGGAGUGGUCAAAAGUUUCUGAAACGGUACCAAGCACUUUUUAUUUGCUAAGUCAUCCACCACAUUUCCUUUCUCGUGCUUACUAUCAUGUUCUACUUCCUCCACCCUAAUCUUUCUCAAACUUAACUUUCCAUUUACUGAAUGUUGGUUAAAGGGGGAACAAGAUGGGUAUAUAGUCAGUCAGCAAUGAUUACAAAACAUGCAUAAAACUAUGGACUGUGUGAUAACACAAGCUGCAAUAGAUAGAACUUUCAGCUAUAACCUGUAUGUAUGACUAAUAAUAACCUUUAUAAUAAAAGUCAUAUUUUAGA